UGUUCCUGUCCGCUACUCAUCAGAUCGAGACCUGUCACACCAUACCUGACCAACAUGCCAUCUGAAUACAGUCUUCAGUGAAAGAACCUAAACGUGGCAGAUUCCUGAUAUCCCGAGCAAGUAAAACCCUCAUCGAAGCGGAUAUUGAUGAACGAAGCUUGCACCACAGUUCACAUUUCUUCAGUUGUUGCCGUGGGACGGUCCGACCUCAUCGGGAGAUACAAGCACUCCACAUGCGUUGGAAGAAUAUAAUACUGUGACUCGGGAGUUUGUGCUCGACAUGAACAUUCACAUUGGGCUCGGGAAGUCACCGUUGGUACGGUUCCUCUCGCCGGAGUGUGGAAGCUUGCGAUGAUGUUCAGGGAGUCGAGUGCGCUAUAUAUCGACGAGCCAUAUGGGCUCGUAGACGAGUAGCCUGGGAUUGGAUGUUUAUUUUAGGCUCUCUUAAUCCAGGCUUGCGCUUGAUUGCUGCUUGCGGGGGGAGCGGGGAGGUCGGAAGAAGGUCACGGACUGACAGCGAUUACUGGCAGAGUACGAUCUCCUGACACAAGUUUGUCUGUUACAUCGAUCGAUCCGAUUCAAGUUUCAGACGUGUGAUACUUUGGGUGCCCGAACUUACGAAUCGAGAAAGAGUCGAUUCUCACGAUGAAUAAUCAGGGAUUGCUUUGGAUGAAUCCUGAGAAAGAAGGGGUUUUAAAGAAACGGGGAGGAAAGAAGAAGAAUUGGAAGAUCCGCCAGUUUUUGGUCAAAGACACCUUUCUAUUCUACUUCAAAGUGGCGUCUGGAGGAGAGCGGUUGCCUUCGGGGGUUGUCCCUUUGCAAGGAUCAAAGGUGGACUUGUCACCUCAAGAAGAGCAUGAAACUGAGGGAUCCGAGGUGGCUCCCACAUUUGUAUUUGUUAUAUUCUUACCCGACAAGCUCCUCACCGAGGGUAUCGUCAAGCGCAACACCUACUUCCUGGGUGGUGAAAAUCUCACCGAUUGCUACCUCUGGAUAAGAGCCAUACGGCACGCUUCUGUUUCCCGAAGGAUCGUGAAGGGACAACUGAAUCAUGCCAGAUUGGAGUUGAUGGAACUGGAGGCACGAUGGAAUGUGUGCAAGGCCAUUGAUACAGGCAAGCUGCCUCCGAUGGAAGCGAUGUUUGAUAAGACUACGGUUGAAGACCCAUUAGUACUGCAGGCUUUGUCAGAUGAUUUGAUGAUUCUCUAUCGUCUCGUAGAGAUCGCCGUCAAGGGCUUGGCCGAUGAGCGGUUAAAAAGGGAGAAAGCUGAACAUCAAAUUACAAUGAUACACCACCUGAAUGAUCUGCAGUUGAUGGAGUUAUCCUCACAGGGAAAGCGUGUCAAAGCUGAAGAAGAAUAUAAGAAAUGUCAGGGUCAACUAAGAGCUCUGAUCAGAAUGAGACAAGAAUUACAGAAAACUUCAGACAAGGAUGUGAUUCCCGGUACAGAACAGAUGCCUCAUGAAGACCGCUUGGUUGAGUUGCAACUUGCCAUGGUCCCCAUCCAAGAGGACUAUGUGGAAUUACUGGAAAAAGCAACAUCUGGUGAGAAGAAGCACGAGGCUGUAAUUUUGGCGGUUGCGGCUGAAGCUGCUGCAGAUGCAGCUGAAGAUUCAUCUGAAGAAGAUGACGAUGUAGCUGUUACAGAAGCAGAAUCUAGUUUCAGAUCGAAUCUUUUAAGUGGUGGUUUCAGUUAGAACAAAACCCAAUCGCAUUCGUCGGCGAAAAUUAUCGGUGGGAUAAGUACAAAAUUACAAGACAUGCUUGUAGAACAGAAGACAAUCAUAACAUCCAAUCAUGUUAAGUUACACGAUAGAGUUAAC